AUGUUACAAGUCUGCAAAUGCCAGCAGCAAGAUUCCCUUUUUACCAUAUUUUCUGUUCCUGUUUCUAACUAUCCACUGCGAAAUCUUGUAUUUGAUGAGGAAGAUAAUUCAAUAUUUUUCAGUGGAAAAAAUGUUUUGUACAAGUUUGACUGGGCGGCUGACAAUGUAUCUCCACUGACUCGACGAGUUACUGGGCCUCGUGCUGAUUGCUUUGGUGAAGAAGAUUUAGAUAUCAAGUAUUGUGGUGAUAAUGAGAAUACCGUCCUGGUCGUUACUCCAAAAUAUUUGAUAACAUGUGGCACUUUGUUUGGAGGAAGGUGUAUGAAAAGGGAUAAAGAAACCCUGUUUGAAACUUCCCCCUCAUCAGCGUUCAUUCAGCUUGUUUCCGAUAUUGAUGCUCCAGCUGUGGGAAAAUUGUUGAACAUUUCUGUAAAUGAUUCGCGUGAAAAUAAGUUAAUUAUUUUGUUUGCUAAAAUGUACACCCCGUUACCAAUAGCUCCGACUAAAUUAAGCAGAGCUGCAAUAUUUUCAGUAUCGCAAGAUUUGCAAGGAAGAGUUUUUCUGCAUACAUUGAACGAGGAAUCAAUAUUUGAUAUAUUCAUAAAAGAGGAAACUGUUCAAGACUCAAUUAAGCUUGAUUAUAGAGCUAUCCUUGAAAGUGAUAAUUUUACAUACAUAUUAGUAAAUCAAAACAAAAAACCAAAGCUAGUCAAACUAUGUAAACAAAUUGACGGAAUUAACCCCAAAAAAGUGUAUGAAGAUAUUCCAUUAUCUUGCAUAACGGGUACAACAGAAUUUACGUACGUUGUACAUGGUGCAAUUGCUAUGGUGUCUGAUAAAACGUAUCUGUUGGCACUGUUCAAAGGACCAAACGGAAUAUAUGGUGUUUGUGUUUAUCAGGAAACAGAAAUAUUAAAGGCCUUUCUGCUAUCCAGGAUAGACAGAUACGCAUGUCCGGAACACGAUUUACAGCCAGAAGACAAGAUAUUUGAUGAGGCUUACAAUCGUAAGAAAUGUAUCAACAUAACCAGUUUGACGGCUGACAACGAGCCAGUAUCCGGUAUAUAUGAAGCAUUCAAUGAGAUUAAUUUUUGCAACAAGGUUUCAAAUCGAAUUUCCGAAUUUGGGAUGGUGAUAGGCCUUCUACCUUUGAAAAGUACUGCUGUCUAUACAACGGAUUUACCUGUAUCAGUGAUUGAAAGUCAUGUUUUCAAUGAUAACAUGAUUGCAUUUAUUGGAACCGAAGAUGGAAAACUUGUAAAGAUUUAUUUGGACAACAACCUUUCAAGGGAACUUCUGCAUAUCAAAGUGGACGAUUCUAAGAUAAUGGCGAUUAAAAAGAUACAUGAUGAAAUAUACGUAAUGUCCAAAAAUAAGAUGUACAACAAAGUCGGAGUGUUCCCUAGGAUUGAAUUCCUGGUUACCAUCUGUAAAGAACAAAUGUCUGAAAUUGACUCUUGGGAAGAUUAA